AUGGUUCGCAAUAACAAAAAGAAAGGGGCUAAGCCGGUUUAUACGGAAGUUGAUCUUCAAAAUGCAUUAGAAGCAGUCAGAGCAAGGAAGCAGAGUAUGUACGCUGCAUCGAAAGCAUUCCAUAUUCCAUAUUCUUCACUCUAUGCUCGAGCUACAGGAUUGAGAUGCAAAAUAAGUAAGGGCAAAGGGCGCCCAACUACGAUUCCACAUGAUGAAGAAGUUGAAUUGGCGAAUGGAAUCAGGACACUUGAAAAGUGGGGAUUUGGGUUGAGCAGGCGGGAAGUUCUAGAACUUGUUGGGUCUUAUGUCAACAAAAAUGAUAUUGUCACCAAAUUCAAGGAUGGUACUCCUGGUGAAGAAUGGUUCCUUGAAUUCAGGAAGAGACACCAUUUGAGUCUCAAAGUACCACAAAAUGUGGAAUAUUACAGAAAAAAAGCAUUGGAUCCAUUCACAAUUCAUAAUUACUUUUCACUCCUAAAAUCUACGCUAGAUGAACUGAAUCUACAUAACAAACCAUCAUCACAGAAUUGGAAUUUGGAUGAAACAAGCUUGUCAAUAGAUCCCAGAAAAAGUAAAGUGGUAGGUGGAAUUGGAAAGCCGUCUUCGAGAACAAUAAGUAGCCCUGGAAAAGAAAACACGACCAUAUUAGUAAUGUGUAACGCUGCAGGAGGGAAAGCCCCACCUUUAAUAAUUUUCAAGGGUCGGCAUCUGUGGGAUAAAUGGAUUGCUCCUGAAGUUGUGAGCUACCCUGGAACAGUUUAUGCAGCUACUAAAAAAGGGUGGAUGGAGAGUGAUGUAUUUCGGAAUCAUUUCAUGAAAACUAUCAUCCCAGCUUUAGGUGAUAAAAAGCCCGCCUUGAUAGUAUAUGAUGGUCACAGAACUCAUAUCGAUCCAGUUAUAAUAGAAUCUGAUAUCAGAGAAAAUAUAACUAUUCUCAAGCUUCCACCCCACAGCCACUGA